UUCCUUUAUCAUAGGAUCUACUUACGCUACAAAACCAUACAUGCCUUAUUACGGACAUCUCAUUAUGAAUGCAACGUACAGAGCACCUAAUGAUAUUAGGAACGAGAGUCGCAUUAUUUUCGCAAACAGAGGUAACGGGCAGACAAAGAUAGAAAAGUUAACUGAUUCUGAUCAUAUGAUAUUCACCAACAAGGGCACUUUCUUUGUCAGCGAGGGUAGGGCGGGCAAUGUUAUCAGAGUGCGUGCCAAAGGUCGCAAAAUUAGUGACACAGAUAUCAUAACUUCAAUGCAAAAGGUCCUUUAUGAAAAAUACAAAAGAAAUAAAUAUGAAACUGUUGCUUUAGGUGGUGUUCUAAGAAUGAGAAACGGACGUGUGGCAUGCAACGUUAUGUGGGAUGAAUAUGAGGAACCGAUGCCACCAUUUUACGAUUUUGUUAAACAACUGCAAUGUCCCGAGAUAGAUCUAGAGUCAGAUAUGGUAGCCGUUGGCACAAUACUUAACGAUAAGCCAGAACUAUUGCCUCAGGAACAGCGUUAUGGUCUUGUAAGUUAUUUGUCCCGGUUAUGCGGAUACUAA